UUUCCACGAACAAUCUCAGACACAGACAGACAACCGAUCGGCUGCGUAUUUUAAGGAUCUUUUUUCCACUUUACUUGUUCAACGUUAACGAACUUCUCGCUCUUUCCUUUCUUUUUCUUCUCUGUGUAAUUUUCUUUUAAUUUUCUUUCAUUUUCCCUAAUUUCCACUUAUCUUCGUUUUCUUUCUAUCCAAACAUGACCUCCUCAUCCAUAAGAACUACCCCUGGUUAUAUAUCAUCCUGCUAUUGCUUCAGAGAUAAAGACUUUUUCCCUAGCAGUAACAAGUCUCAAUUAAAAUUUCCCAGAUUAAAUAAAUCAAAAUUCUUAUGUGUAUCUGGUUCGGAUAAGAAAUUCGCUGUUUCUUCUUGUUCAACGGCGAUUGAAAUUCCUUUGGAAACCACUUACAGACUAGGAGUUUCGGACAAGAUUCAGCUUUUGAUUUCAGAAUUCAAGUCUUUAACAGAGCCAAUAGAUCGCGUGAAACGGCUCUUACGUUACGCAGAGAUGCUUGCUCCGUUUGACGAGUUGGCUCGGGUGCCGGAGAACAGAGUCAAGGGCUGCACCACUCAGGUGUGGCUCGACGCCAGAAUAGACAAAAAUGGAAAGGCAAGGUUUCGAGCCGACAGCGAUUCGGAGAUUACUAAAGGGUUCUGUUCGUGUCUAAUAUGGAUGAUGGACGGUGCCGAUCCUGAUGAGGUGGUGGGAGUGAGGGCGGAGGAUUUGGUUGAGUUGAACGUCGGGGCCCAUGGGAAGGCCAAAUCGAGAGUCAACACGUGGCAGAAUGUGUUGAUUAGUAUGCGGGAUAGAACGGAGGCGUUGAUGGUGGAGAGAGAGGGAAAGCUGCCUCAGCUGAGGCCAUUUCCUUCAUUCCUUGUCAGCUCUAAUCAUGGCAGUUACACCAGAGUUUAGGGAUAUACGAAAGAUAUGAUCAUCUACAAGAAACAAUUUAAGAGGGCACUCCAUUGAUCAAUUAGCAAGUGAUGGGAAAGAUUAAGCAGGAAUGCUUCUUGGAAACGGAGGCCUGCUUCAAAAGAAUUUAUAGGAAAUGGGAUGCUCAGACCAGGUAUCUACUAAAUUUGGGUAAUUUACAAAGAAAAGAAAAGCUGGAGUCCUCCCUCGUGUUGAAUUACUUGAAGAAAAAACGGUUGAAAUAGUACUUAGUUUGAAGUUCAGCAAAAGUGUUUGACAUUGCAUUAUUGCAGCGUAUGUAGUAUAUAUGUACUGAUCUACUUAAUUAUCAUUUGUAAGACAAAGGAGUGUAAGAAACAAUGGAAUUGUUACCAAUUUGUGUAUUGUAAAACCCCAUUAUAAUUUCCAAUUUAAUGAAGAAUU